CCUCAUCUCCCUCUUGCAGAACCAGUCUACUCGGGCAUCAUGAGCUAUACGCCUAUCAGUGAGAUUGAACUCAUAUACAGACGUGUAUCGGACACGUUUAAUUCCGGAGUCACCCUUCCUCUGGCCUACCGGCGAAGGCAGCUUCUUCAAGUAGCCAGGAUGAUUCAGGAAAACGAAAAGGCCCUCGAGGGCGCGAUCUACGCUGACCUGGGGAAGCCCAAGUUUGAGGCCAUGCUGUCUGAGCUAGGCCCCGUGGCAUCCGCCGCUCGGCAGGCGGCGGAUAAGCUCGAAGAAUGGACUAGGCCGCAGAAGCCAGAAGUAGAAGAAUGGCGGAAUACUUGGGAUACCACGAUUUACACGGUGCCCAAGGGAGUUGGCCUCAUUAUCUCUCCUUGGAACUACCCGUACAUCAUCUGCUUAUGCCCAUUAGUGGGUGCCAUAGCUGCGGGAUGCUCAGCUAUUAUCAAGCCAUCAGAACUUGCGCCGGCCACAUCUCAAAUCCUUGCUCAUCUCAUCCCGAAAUAUCUGGACCCGAAUGCCUAUGCAGUGGUUCUCGGGGCUGUCCCCGAGACUUCUACUCUUCUCAAUUUCAAAUGGGACCAUAUCAUGUACACCGGAGGGAUCCGCGUGGGACGGAUCGUGGCGGCUGCAGCUGCAAAGAACGUAACCUCAUUGACUCUGGAGCUGGGCGGUAAAUCUCCGGUGUUCGUUGAUGGCGAUAACACGGACAUAGAUAUCGCCGCAAAGCGGAUACUUUAUGGGAGGCAACAAAAUUCAGGCCAGCUCUGCGUCUCGCCCGACUACGUCCUCGUUCCCCGUCAUAAGAAGGCUGCCCUCAUCGCUGGGUUCGAGAAGGCGUACAAGGCUUUCUAUCCCGAUGGUCCCCUCGCGCCAUCAUCGCACAUAGGCAAAAUCGUCAACCCAGCUCACCACGCUCGCCUGGUCUCGCUCUUGGAGCGCACGAAAGGCAAGAUUGUCCUUGGUGGGCAGACUGAAGGUGACAAGAGGCUCGCGCCGACGGUCGUAGACGAUGUCAAGGAAGACGACGUCCUGAUGGAAGAUGAGAUUUUCGGAGCAAUUGUGCCCGUGAUUGCUGUGGAUGAUGUCGAGCAUGCCUUGCGCAUCAUCAGGGGACGACCAUACCCCUUAGUUUCCUAUUGCUUCACUGAGAGCGAAGAGACAAAGCAAAAAUUCCUCUCAAGGACCAACAGUGGCACUAUGGUAUUCAACGACACGUUCAUGCAGCUCGCUGUACACGAAAUACCGUUCGGAGGCCAUGGCGAAUCUGGCUAUGGCUCUUGGAACGGUAAAUUUAGCUUCGACACAUGGGUGCAUAAGCGCGGGUCUAUCAAUGUGCCCAUCGCCGCCGAUCCUCAUCUGGCGUUCCGAUACCCGCCAUACUCGGAAGAUGCGUACAAUUUCUUGGCGGCAGCAGUGAGGCAACCAAUUCCAGACGCUUGA